CCGGCGCGCUGUAGGCUCUUGGAAACAGCCCUUGCCGCCCGCGGGCACCAGACGCUUGCUGCCCCAGCUCCGGGACUGGAGGGCUCAAGGCGUCCACCGCUCCGGGUCCCGGCGCAGUGCACGGUGAGCGCUCCUCGGGGCUCAGGGGUCUCUGGGCUGCGGGUCCUGGGGCACCCCUUGGGGUGCCCGAUGGGGCCUCCUGGGGGACACAGGGCUGAAGUUGUAACCACGCUUAGCUUGCCGCUGUCCCCAAGCCAGACAUGCUGCCUCCUGGGCGCAAUGGCACCGCGUACUGGGCUCGGUUCAGGCUGCAGCAGCAACUGGUUCAGGGGGGUGCCUUGGGCGGCUCAGCUGGGGCCGCGCCCCUGGGACCAUUGCAGGUGGUCACCGCCGGCCUCCUGACACUCCUCAUUGUCUGGACCCUGUUUGGCAACGUGCUGGUCUGCGCCGCCAUCGUGCGCAGUCGCCACCUGCGUGCGAAGAUGACCAACGUUUUCAUCGUGUCUCUGGCAGUGUCCGACCUCUUCGUGGCACUGCUGGUCAUGCCCUGGAAGGCAGUCGCCGAGGUGGCUGGUUACUGGCCUUUUGGGGCAUUCUGCGACGUCUGGGUGGCCUUUGACAUCAUGUGCUCUACGGCCUCCAUCCUGAACUUGUGCAUCAUCAGUGUGGACCGCUACUGGGCCAUCUCUAGGCCCUUCCGCUAUGAGCGCAAGAUGACCCAGACCGUGGCUUUAGUCAUAGUGGGUCUGGCUUGGACCUUGUCCAUCCUCAUCUCCUUCAUUCCAGUCCAGUUCAACUGGCACAGAGACAAGUCGGGCUCCCAGGGCCAGGAGGACCUUCCAUCCAACCUGGCCAAUGGGACGCCCUGGGAGGAAGCCGGGGAGCCCAAUGCGAGGGCAGAGAACUGUGACUCCAGCCUGAACCGAACCUACGCCAUCUCCUCCUCACUCAUCAGCUUCUACAUCCCUGUGGCCAUCAUGAUUGUGACCUACACGCGCAUCUACCGUAUCGCGCAGGUGCAGAUCCGCAGGAUCUCCUCCUUGGAGAGGGCCGCGGAGCAUGCGCAGAGCUGCAGGAGCAGAGCCCCAGGAGAACCCGACACCAACCUGCGGGCUUCCAUCAAGAAGGAGACCAAGGUCCUCAAGACCCUGUCUGUGAUCAUGGGGGUGUUCGUGUGCUGCUGGCUGCCCUUCUUCAUCCUCAACUGCAUGGUUCCCUUUUGCAACGGGGACCAGCAGGCCGGCUUCCCCUGUGUCAGCGAGACCACCUUCGAUGUCUUUGUCUGGUUCGGCUGGGCCAACUCCUCACUCAACCCUAUUAUCUAUGCCUUCAACGCUGACUUCCGGAAGGUGUUUGCACAGCUGCUGGGGUGCAGUCACCUCUGCUCCCGCACGCGUGUGGAGACGGUGAACAUCAGCAAUGAGCUCAUCUCCUACAACCAAGACACGGUCUUCCACAAGGAGACUGUAGGGCCCUAUAUCCAUAUGAUUCCCAAUGCGGUGGCGCCCGGAGACAGGCAGGUGGACAACGAGGAGAAGGAGGAGGAGGGCCCUUUAGAUCACUUAUCUGGGACCUUUCAGACGCCCCCAGCUGGUGAUCCUGCUGCCGAAUCUGUCUGUGAUCUGGACUGCGAGGGGGAGAUUUCAUUAGGCAAAAUAACACCUUUCACCCCAAAUGGAUUGCCUGAAACUGCAUAAGAAGUGCCCCACAGACCUCUGUGAGCAUACACUCUUGCUCAUCAUGUACACAUUCUCAGCGCUGCUGGGUUCUUCACUGUUCUGUCUCUGUGUGCACAUGCUUAGAAGCUCUGCCCUAUUGAUUCUUAUCUGAAAGUGUUGGCAGAAGCAGUGGGAAUAAUCUGGGUCAAAUAGAUCCAGCCUAGCACAGAUGGACCAGAGGUCCUAGAAGAAAAUGGGGAGCUGGUCCUUUAACGAUACACUCUCCCUUCCCCUUUCAAACAAAGAACUUGUUCAGUGAUUAUUUGGUUGGCUGAGUUUUAAACACAUGUUCAGGGUGUGAGUGGUGAUGCUGGGGUGCAGUGGGGUGUCUGCGUCUUGCUUCUCUGAUCCUAUGCUCCUGCAGGGUCUUUACUGAGGCCUCAGUGCUUCUGGUGUCUGAUAAACACAAGGCAUGUGUACGGUGGGGUGAAUCCUGCUGCUUGGCAAGGCUGGUUUUCAGGACUGCCCCUGGAGAUGCCAUGGCAUGCCCCCCCCAGAAUUGGGAUUUGAGUACACCCUUAAA